AUGGCCAGCCACAUUGAAUGGACUCUGUGGCAACUGGCCCCUGGGUCCCUCCCCUCCCACCCAGGGCCGCCCCAGCGGUCUCCAUGCCCAGGGCGCCUCUUCCCUCUUCAACAGCCCCAGGGGCACCAGGGCCGCUUCUCACUCAACACUGUCUCUGGGCGACCUCGCGAGCUCAGUGGCAUCACUGACCAUCAAGACGCCCCAAUUUGCAUCUACAUCACAGCAUCUUCUGCCGGCUUUAGGUCCUGUCUUCACCAGGAUGUCCCACAGUCGCUUCACACUAAGAGCCCAACUGGCCCCUUCCUUGCCCGGACCCGGAGCUCCUGUCGGGGACCGUUGAACCACCGAGUGGGCGGUCAUCCGGGUGUCUCAGAGCAGACCGAGAGCAGGUGCGCAGACCUCUGUGGACGGCUACUUCCGGUGCGCUCCCAACAGGUUUCUGCCCGGGGUCACCGGCCGCAGUGCUCCUUUCGGCUCCAGGGAAGCGCGGACUCGCCCCUGCUGCCCGCCCGGCGUUGCCUCAGCACAUCCCUGACCGUCGGAGGAGCCCCUAGAAGUGGCAGUGGGCGCAAUGGUGGCGGCGUGUGGCGGGGCCAUGCCCAGAAGCGCUGGCAGUCCCGGAGCGGUGGGAGACGGCCGCUGCACCCCGCGCCCGAGUCUGGGCGUCCGCAUUGCCGCGUGGUCGGCGAAUUGCGCCCGAGGGCGUGGUUAAGACAAAAGCGUGGGGAGGGGCCACGUCCCCGCUGCCCCAGCCAGGCGUGUCCUUGCCUCGCUGAUCGUUCCUCUACGGCGGGAACGCGAGGCGCCCACCGGGGAUGUCGCUAAUGAGUCCGCGGGGCGACGCCGAGAGUGGCUUGUGAGGGGUCCCCGCAGGAGCCCCUGGCGCGCGCCUCUUCCAGUGCUUUCCACCUCAUUUCUGGCCCAGUGCCUCGAGUGGGUAGAGGGCGAGAAAUCCUUUGCCUCAAACAUCCCCUAAAUGGGUCGGAAAGAUCAAAGAGAAACGUUUCUGAGGGAAAACCCGGCGUCAUCGCGUCAGCCGCGUUUUCAGAGCGUGCGUUUUCCGCGGGGUGGGAGCUGCCGUCUGACCAUAGGUUUCUUGUGGCCCUAGAUUCUUCGGCGCCUUAAACCUGGGGUUCCGGAAGCUGUAGCCCCCGUUUCAAAAUCCGCCGGAAGCGCCUGACCCCCAGAAGUCGCGCUCUGCCCUGACCUGCCGGAGAGCGCGGGCCGCGCGGAGUUUCCGCGGGACUUCCUGCUGUGGAGGUUAAAGCACGGUUUGUCAAAACGCCUUAGAACUUGCAAUGCCGGCCAUUCGCGUCGGGGUGGGGUCCCCAGAAGCAGACCCUGAGGCAGGGCUGAGCCCACCCAGGGCUGGCGUUGUUCCCAGGAGCGGGUGCCCUCACCCACCAACUCGAGGCCGCUCACUCACUGUGCAGCUGUAUGGCAGGCCCAGCAGUGCCUCUCCCUUCGUACAUCACCAGAAUCGGCUGAAAAGUGCCAAAAGAGAACUCAGGAAACAAACAGUUGGCUGACAAGAUCUUACUCAAGAUCUCAGGCUAUUCAGACACCCAGUGACGGUCGUGGGAACCGCCCCCCUCAGAGGAGACAGCAGCACCUUGGGCACUGUGUCGCGCAGCCACAUGGGAUUAAGACUGAAGACGGACUCUCCUCCAACUGCCCCAACAGGACUUAAAUGCUUCCAGAUGAUGGCUCCCCCGGAGGACCGAGGAAGCCCCAUGAUGUUAGGGUUCACUACACUGACAUCAUCCACGGGAUGCCUGGGCCAUGAGCUAAGGCCACGCUUCCUGGUCUAAGUCUGGCACAAACCACACACAGGAGCCUUGCUCCCCUGCAAGUUUAGAAUAUCUCAAUCAACACUUUAGUCAAAAUGACCACAAACAGUGGCUAUGAGAACCAUAGUUUCACGAAACUACGCAGUUCUUCGUCUUCCUCCAGCUACAAGUGUGUUUCCUCAAUGGUAUACUGUGUACCGACGGAACUUUCUGGGCAACAAUAACGUUAUAUAUCUUGAUAGAGGUUUGGUUUACACAAGUGUGUCUAUUUGUUAAAACUCAGCCAAUUCACACUUAAGAUUUGUGCAUUUCAUUUAUAUAAUUUUCACCUCAAAAGAAAAAACUGUAAACAAACACUGAUCUCCAAUUAAUGACACAUAUGUAUUUAAAGGAAGCGUCCUGUUAAUGCUGCUUCUUGGUUAUUUUAUGUAUGUUAUCUAUGCAUUUUGAGAUGGAGUCUUGCUCUGUUGUCCAGGCUG